UGCGGACGGGGACGGUGCGGUGCAGCGCUGUGCGGGUGGUGGGGGCGGCCCCUCCGCACCGCUCCGCUCCGCACCGCUCCAUCCCCGGCCCCGGGGGGCGGAGGGGCGGAUGAUGCGGGAGCGAUGAGCGCGCUGCGGGGCUGGGGGUGGCUGCUGGCCGCGCUGCUGUCGCUGACCCCGAGAGCAGGUCCCGCUGGUGCCACCCCGCAGUCCAGUGCCCCGCAGCGGAGGCUCCCGCGUGCCGGCUGGCCGGAGGGACGGGCGCUGGCCGAGGUCACCCACCCCAGCAGGUUGGUGGGGCACAGCGCGGGCGGAGAGGUCCUGAAGCAUCAGCUGGACACCAGGGUCCGAAAUGAGUCCGGAGCGGGAGGCGGCCCCGGGGUGCACCUGGCGCGGGUCAGCUUCAUGGUGCACGCCUUCGGGUCAGCCUUCAUCCUGGACCUGGAGCUCAACCACCACCUCCUCGCCUCACACUAUGUGGAGCGGCACCUCGGCGUCGGACAGAAUGGCAGCAGCAGCACGGGCACGGGCGAGCACUGCUACUACCAGGGCCGGGUUCGCGGGUGGCCCCGCUCCUUCGCGGCACUCUCCAGCUGCCAGGGCCUGCACGGGGUCUUCUCAGAUGGACGGGAUUUGUUCCUGAUUGAGCCCCAGGCGGGCGCCAAGCACGGGGAGGGUCUCCAGCCACACCUCAUCCAGCGCGCCCCAAGCUGUGCCCAGCCAGGCUGCAUGCUGGGUGCCAUGGGGCAAUCCGGCUCAGGCAGCUCGGUCAGGCUGCGGCGGCGGCGGCGGCAGGUGCGUCGGGCACAGCACACAGUGCACAGUGAGACCAAGUACAUCGAGCUGGCCGUGGUGAACGACCAUCAGCUGUUCCUACAGCUCCGCAGAUCCGUGGUGCUCACCAGCAACUUCGCCAAGUCUGUGGUCAACCUGGCUGAUAUGAUCUACAAAGAGCAGCUCAACACCCGCAUCGUGCUAGUGGCCAUGGAGACGUGGGCUGCAGGGGACCGCAUCCGCAUGGAGGAGGACUCAAUGGGGACACUCAACGAGUUCAUGAGGCACCGGCGUGAGGAGCACAGCGACGCCAUCCACCUCUUCUCGGGACGCACCUUCCAGAGCAGCCGCAGUGGUACCGCCUUCGUUGGGGGUAUCUGCUCGGCCGGGCGUGCCGGCGGGGUCAACGAGUAUGGCAACAUGGCGUCCAUGGCGGUGACGCUGGCGCAGACGUUGGGACAGAACGUGGGGAUGAUGUGGAACAAGCACCGCGCAUCGGCAGGGGACUGCCGCUGCCCCGAUGCGUGGCUGGGCUGCAUCAUGGAGGACACGGGGUACUACCUCCCACGGAAGUUCUCCCGCUGCAGCAUUGACGAGUACAACCAAUUCCUGCAGGACGGCGGCGGCAGCUGCCUCUUCAACAAACCCCUAAAGCUCCUGGACCCACCAGAGUGCGGCAAUGGGUUCGUGGAGGCGGGUGAGGAGUGCGACUGUGGAUCGCAGACGGAGUGCGCCAGGAGCGGAGGGAACUGCUGCAAGAAGUGCACGCUGACGCACGACGCCAUGUGCAGCGACGGGCUGUGCUGUAGGGGAUGCAAGUAUGAACCACGCGGUGUGUCCUGCCGGGAGGCGGUGAAUGAGUGUGACAUCCCCGAGACAUGCACCGGGGACUCGAGCCAGUGUCCCCCCAACCUCCACAAACUGGACGGGUACUUCUGUGAUAACGAGCAGGGCCGCUGCUAUGGUGGGCGCUGUAAAACCCGGGACCGGCAGUGCAAUGCGCUAUGGGGCCGCGGUGAGUGCACAGCCCCCACACCCACGUCCCCGCAUCGGGGACAGCGGGUGACACCGCUCGCUGCAGGCUCCGCGGAGCGAUUCUGCUACGAGAAGCUCAACGUGGAGGGCACCGAGAGGGGAAACUGCGGGCGCGAGGGCACGGGGUGGACGCAGUGCAACAAGCAGGACGUGCUCUGUGGGUUCCUGCUGUGCGCCAACAUCUCGGGGACACCGCGGCUGGGCGAGCUGAGCGGGGAGGUGGCCACCACCACCUUCUUCCACCAGAACCGCUACGUGGACUGCAGGGGCGGCCACGUGCAGCUGGCGGACGGCUCAGAGCUGAGCUACGUGGAGGACGGCACGCCGUGCGGCCCUGCCAUGCUGUGCCUCGACCACAAAUGCCUUCCGGUCACCGCCUUCAACUUCAGCUCCUGCCCCGGCAGCGGGGACGGGAAGAUCUGCUUUGAGCACGGGGUGUGCAGCAAUGAGGGGAAGUGCAUCUGUCAGCCCGAGUGGACGGGGAAGGACUGCAGCGUCUACGACCCCAUUCCUGAACCCAAACCCACGGGGGAGACAGAGCGCUACAAGGGUCCCAGUGGCACCAACAUCAUCAUCGGGUCCAUCGCCGGGGCCGUACUGGUGGCUGCCAUCGUCCUUGGUGGCACGGGAUGGGGAUUCAAGAACAUCCGCCGCGGAAGGUACGACCCGGCGCAACAGGGAGUGUAACCCCCCACCCCGUCGUCUCCUCGUCACCAUCACCGUCCGGCGGCAGCGGUGACCCCCCCGGGCCGGAACCGCCGCCCGUCUGUCCGUGUCACUGUCUGUCCGGCUGCCCCCGUGCUGUCUCCAUCUCUGUCCCCACCCCAAAGAGCCCAGCGGGGCGGGGGGGGGCUCUUUGGGGCUCGGUGUCCCCUGUGUCCCCCCAUCCCAUACCUUGUGUCACCCCACUGCACUAAAGCGCUCCUCACUUCUGUGUUGCAGGUCCGGGGGGGCCUGAGCGGGUCCACCCGAGGAGGGAGGAGAGCACGGGGGGAUCCCCCCGACCCCACUGCACCGCCACGAAUGUCCGGACCCCCCGGGCCCUCUGGGGUUGGGGUCACUGCACCGCCAUGAAUGUACCCGGGGGGGCCACACCAGGAACCCCAACCCCACAUGGCCCUGGGGGGGAAUCAGGACCCCCCCUCACUCCAUGUCAGCAUCUUCCAGCUCUGGGGGCUGCACCCCCCAUACCAGGCCAGUAUGCCCCAGUAUCCCCCAGUACCCUCCAAUACCAGGCUAGUUGCCCCCCCUGUGCCCCCAGAGCAGGGCCUGGGGGCCAUCCCUGUCUCCCUCAUCUCAUGUCCCCACCAGUGGGGUCCCACACCCAUGGAUGCCAGGCUCUGGGACAAUGACAUCCCCCAUCUAUCAUCUCCCCCAUCCAAAAAGGUGCACCCAAAAAUGGGGACACCAACGGCAUCAGGGCCACCCUAUGGGGCUGAGGGGCAGGGUGAGCCCAGGGGAUUGUCACCCUGUGUUCUCUUGUUCCCUGGUCCCUUGUCCCCUGGGAUCAUUCUCCUGGUCCCAUUUGUCCCCCUUGUCCUCACGUCCCCUGGUCCCCUAUCCCAUGAGGUCACUGGGAUGCUCAUUCCCCUGGUCCCAGUUGCCCCCUUGUUCCCCUGGUCACUUGUCCCAGGGGGUCAUUGGGAUGCUUGUUCUCCCGGUCCCAUUUGCCCCCCUUGACCCCAUGUCCUUUGGUCCCUUGUCCCCUGGGGUCACAGGGAUGCUUGUUCUCCCAGCCCCCUGGUCCCCAUGACACUUCGCAUGUCCUAUGUGUCACCCUCAGGACAGGGGGGUGGCACGUGUCACCCCUGUCCCCAUGGCCCCACAUCACCCCGAGCCAUCCACCCCACAACACCACGGAGCACUUAGGGCCCACCACAGCCCCACGGUGACACGCAGCACAGCGGGGACCCCAGAGCACAGCAGGGACCCCACGCCCGCGGUGGGGUGACAGCGUCCCCUCCACGUCCUCGUGCAGUGUCUCCUGCCACGGGGUCAGCAGUGGGACAGGAGGUGUCACUGGGGCCACGUGCAGGGGACAGGGUGACCCCGAGUGGCACUGCCCCAGGACAAUAGGGUGGAGGUGGCAGCGGGACGGGAUGUCCCCAAACUCAGCUGUGGUCGUGUCCCCACGUGACAGAGCAGCUGGGGACCCCGUGACCACGGUGAUGGCUGUGGGGCAUGGGGAGCUGGGCACCACGUGUCGGGGUCCAGCCCCCCGUCCCUCAGUCUGUCACCACAAUGUCCCCACAGCUGCAGUGCCUGCGGGAGGACACCGCUGUCCCCAUGCCCUGUGUGGCACGGGAGCCCCGUGUCCCUCUCCCAACACUUGCCACCGGUUUUGGGGACGUGAACAUAUAUAUAAAUAUAUAAAUAUAAAUACAAAUAUUUUUUUUUUUCUUAAUGAUUUUAACGCUGUACGGCCCCCGCGCUGCCGCCGGGACUGGGGGACGGCCCCGGGAUGGGCGAGCUGCCCCACGGCCCCAGCCCCGCCGCCCCACAGCGCAGCUCACCUCCUGCUCCGUGCCUGCUUCACCCGCGCCGGGAGCCGCCGUGGUGGGGGUCACCGGGUGCGUCCGCCCAGACCCGCAACGCCUCCUGCAAUGUCACAGGUUUAUUUACAAUAAAGAAUUGGAAAAUG